AUGUCAUCCACGGACGCUUGCUCCACCAAGUACACAGACAAAGACAGCGGAGGGAUGCUGGUCUGGUCUCCCUACCACACCAUCGUGGACUCCAAGCUGGAUGAAUACAUCGCCAUCGCCAAGGAGAAACACGGAUACAACGUGGAGCAGGCUCUUGGCAUGCUGUUUUGGCACAAACACAACAUCGAGAAGUCUCUGGCUGACCUGCCAAACUUCACCCCGUUCCCAGACGAGUGGACGGUGGAGGACAAGGUGCUGUUUGAGCAGGCCUUCAGCUUCCACGGCAAAAGCUUCCACCGCAUCCAGCAGAUGUUACCAGACAAAUCCAUCUCAAGCCUUGUGAAGUACUACUAUUCGUGGAAGAAGACUCGGUCCAGAACAAGUCUGAUGGACAGACAGGCCCGCAAACUCGCCACUAGGAGCAACCAGGAUGACAGUGAUGAAGAGAUGGAGGAGGCCAAUCCGAUCGAACCAAAUGACACUGACUACGAUCCCAGCAAGGAACCCAAGAAAGAGAACCAGCCCGAGCCGCCCAUGCCGGGUUCUAAGGUGGCCCUGGGCCGGCGGGAGCACCAGACCCUCCAGCACCGGCACCACCAGCGCUCCCGCUGCCGCCCCCCUAAGGGCAUGUACCUGACCCAGGAGGACGUGGUGGCCGUGUCCUGCAGCUCCUCGGCGGCCAACACGCUGCUCCGCCAGCUGGACAUGGAGCUGGUGUCCCUGAAGAGACAGGUCCAGAACUCCAAACAGAUGAACAGUGGACUCAAACACAUGUUGGACUCCGGAAUUGAAGAGUUCAAGCUGCCUGAGUCUAACCAGAAGGUCAACGCCCGCUGGACAACAGACGAGCAGCUGCUGGCUGUCCAAGGUGUCCGGAAGUACGGAAAAGACUUCCAGGCCAUAGCCGACGUGAUCGGCAACAAGACGGUGGGCCAGGUGAAGAACUUCUUCGUGAACUACCGGCGGCGCUUCAACCUGGAGGAGGUGUUGCAGGAGUGGGAGGCGGAGCAGGGAACCCGGGCCCCCAACGGCGACGGCGCCACCUCAGGAGAGGAGGGCAAGAACAACUCCACCACCCCGUCGGGGAAGAGCACCGACGAGGAGGACGAGGAGGCGAGACCUUUAACUUUACACGCUCGGAUCCCCCCCCCGCUCCUGAGGCCCUCCCUCCCGACCACGCCCGCCCUGCACCGCCAGCCGCCGCCCCUCCAGCAGCAGGCCCGCUUCCUGCAGCCCCGCCCCAACCUGCAGCAGCCCCCGCCCCUCAUCCGCCCCUCCAACCCCCUGCCGCCCCGCCUCAACCCCCGCCCGGCCCCCGCCGCCCUGGGCGCCGGCUCCGGCGCCGGCCCGCAGGCCCCCGGCCCGGCCGCCCACCCGUCGGACACACCCUCCUCCUCCUCCCUCCACUAG